AACCCGAUCCUGAACACAAACAAUAUCCAAUCAUAACCGAACCUUCUCUACAUUUAACCCCCAACCUCAACUCUUUUUACGGAUUCAUAUUUCAUCACCUAUCUUUUCCCAAUUCGUAAACCCUAACCCUAAUUCUCUCUCUAGAUUCUUCCUUUAAACUCAAUAACUCCUUACAGAACUAUCGCUGUUGGACUUUUAAGUAGCUUCUUAUCAUUCAAUUCUCAAACGAGGAUAAUCAGAUCGCGGUUUUCAUCUCUCAAAUACGUUAAUUGUCGCUGAAUCGCUGCAAAUUUCUCAUCUAUUUUUCAUUCAAUUGAAUAAACUUCAAAUUUUACUUUCUCAAGAGUUGCAAUAUUUUUUGGGUGAUUCUACGUCGUCGGAGCUUCUCGCUGUGAAGAUGGAUUAUUGAAGAGUCGGUGCUGAUUAAUUCACUUUUUCACGAAGGAUAUAUCGAUUUCGUGCUUCGAUCUAUCAGAUCCUAUUGAUUCCUUACUAUCUUACUUUUUUGGAAGAAAUUUUUUUGCUGAGUACUCAUAAUUGAAGCACGAAUUCAUUUUGUUCGAAGAAUGCAGAUUAUUUCAACAAGAUACAAAUAGAUUUCCGGUGUUCGAAGAUUUCCGCACUCCGCAGUGAAGUAUACAAGGAGAGGAAGCUUGAAGGCGAAAAAGAUAUUAAAAAAUUUCUUUUGUACUUUGUUAUAAUAAUUUUAAGUUCGAAGUUAAAUUAGAGGCCUAUAUUUGAAUAAUUCAACGGCCUCUGAAUAUCCUUUUAGCUAGUUAGGGUUUUUGUUUGAUUUUGUGCGAUACAAGAUUUGUUCGAUUGAUCAAUUUGUUUUUGAAGGAAAGAAAAUUAUGGCAGUUUAUUAUAAGUUUAAAAGUGCAAAAGAUUACGACUCAAUUUCAAUCGAUGGUCAUUUCAUAUCGGUUGCCAAUUUAAAAGAAAGAAUUUUUGAAUCAAAGCAUUUGGGAAGGGGUACUGAUUUUGACCUUGUUGUGACCAAUGCUCAAACUAAUGAAGAGUAUAUAGAUGAAGCAACGUUGAUUCCAAAAAACACUUCAGUGUUAAUUCGUCGAGUACCAGGACGGCCUCGCAUGCCUAUUGUUUCACAACCAGACGAGUUGAAGGUGGAGGAAAAGAUUGAGAAUGAACAACAAAAAAGCAACUUUAUAGUUGCUGAUUCUUCAGGAUUUGGAGAUUUUGAAGCUUCAGGAUUGGAUGAUGAUUUUGGAAAUGAUUUAUAUGCCAUCCCUGAGAUGAUACCUGGACAAUCAAGAAAUGCAUUGCAGGAUUCGGUUCCUUCAAGCAAAGCUGAUGAGGAUAGCAAACUAAAAGCUUUUAUUGAGAAUUCUUCUUUCGACUGGCAGCGUCAACCUACUGAUGGUUUUGGUCCUGGGAGAGGGUUUGGCAGAGGUGGAAGGGGUGGUCGAGGUUUUGGUCGAGGUGGUUUGGAGCGCAAAACUCCUCCACAAGGCUAUAUCUGUCACAGGUGCAAGGUUCCUGGUCAUUUUAUUCAGCACUGCCCAACAAAUGGUGACCCUACUUAUGACAUCAAGAAAGUGAAACCUCCUACUGGUAUUCCCAAGUCGAUGCUCGUAGCUACGCCAGAUGGCUCUUAUGCUUUGCCCAGUGGCACAUCUGCUGUGUUGAAACCAAAUGAGGCUGCUUUUGAGAAAGAAAUUGAAGGGCUGCCAUCUACUCGUUCAGUUGGAGAUCUUCCUCCAGAGCUUCAUUGCCCCCUUUGCAAGGAAGUUAUGAAAGAUGCUGUGUUAACAAGCAAGUGUUGUUUCCAGAGUUUCUGUGACAAAUGUAUAAGGGAUUAUAUCAUUUCUAAGUCCAUAUGUAUUUGUGGGGCAAGAGAUGUACUGGCAGAUGAUCUUCUGCCAAAUAAGACACUUCGAGAAACCAUUAACCGGAUAUUGGAGUCUGGUAAUAGUAGUGCAGACAAUGCUGGGAGUGCUCUCCAAGUUCAAGAUAUGGAAUCGGCGCGUUUUCCUCAGCCUAGGAUUCCUUCACCUACUCAAUCUGCUGCCUCAAAAGGGGAGCAAAUGCUUCCACCACGCACUGAAGGAACUUCAAAUUUAAAGGGGAGUGUGCAAGAUAUAAAGCCUAGUGAUGCUUCACAGCCACAGGUACAAUCUCAAACCUCAGAGAAAGUCAAAAUUAACAUCGUUCCAGAUGUGUCUGAAGCUACGCAUGAGUCAGCUAGUGUGAAGGAGCCUGCACCUCAGGGCAGUGCUUUACCUGUGGAAGAAGAGGUUCAACAAAGAAUGGUUCCUGGUGAAGCAGGAAAGAAAAAGAAGAAGAAGAAGAAGAUGCCGUUACCCGUUAAUGGUGCAGCUCCAGAUAUGCAAUGGAUGGGCAUGCAGCAGGGGAUGGAUGGAUUUAUGGGCCCUCCUGCUGCCUUUAAUCCUUGCUGGCCGGGCAUGCAACCUGCAAUGGAUGGAUUCAUGGGCCCUUUUGGCGGUAACAUGCCAUUUAAUAAUAUGGGUUAUGGUCUAGGACCUAUGGAUAUGCCUUUCGGCAAUGUUAUGCCUCCAGAUCCUUUUGGUAAUGUUAUGCGUCCUGAUCCUUUCGGUGCGCAAGGGUUUAUGAUGCCCCCAAUGUUUCCUCCUCCUCAGAGGGAUCUUGCAGCUGAAUUUGGAAUGGGCAUGAAUAUGAGGCCACCACUGAUGAGUAGAGAAGAAUUUGAGGCUCGGAAAGCUGAAGUAAGAAGAAAGCGAGAAAUGGAAAUGAGACGCGUUGAGAGCCGGGAGCCUCCGAAAGACCGUGAUUAUAGCAGAGAAGUUAGCAGCAGCGCCAAUCCUCCACCUAUGAUGAAGUCAAAAUCUAGGCCACCACCAAUUAGAAGGUCUCCAAGCGAAGAUCGCUACGACAGUCAUCGUGAAAGGGAGAGAGCACGGGAGAGGGCCUCUGUUGACCGUGAUCGGGACCGAGAGCAUGAUCGCGAAAGCCAUCAUCGUCGAACCUCCCACAGCCAUAGGUCUGAAACGGUUUCCCCAGACAGAUCUAGACGUGAUCCAGAUGCUCCCCGCCCAACCUUGAAAAGGAAAUCGGAACAUCAUGACCGUGACCAUAACCAGGAACGGGAACGAGAGCGGGAGCAUCAUGAACGGGAACGGGAGAGGGAGAGGGAGCGGGAGCACCAUGAACGGGAAAAGGAUCACCAUGAACGGGAAAGGGAGCAACGUGAACACCGUACCCAUUCCAAGUCCUCAUCCACAAAGCAGCCGUCUUCUUCAGAUGCGGUCCCAGCAUCAUCCGACAAGAAACACAAGGCAAGUGUGUUCUCAAGGAUAAGCUUCCCAGAAGAGGAGCCAAGUAAGAAGCGUAAGGUCUCCGCUGAGCCUAAAGCCAAGGCCAGGCCAAAGCUCGUUAGUAAGGAUAAUGACGCCCACCACCACAAGACAGUGCCAUCGUCUUCUGCAAAUGGCUACUAUCAUGACACCGGGACAAAGAGUGCAGCAGCAGCUUUGGAUUAUGAAUCGAGUGAUGAUGAACGCCAUUUUAAGAGGAAGCCAUCAAGGUACGAGCCAUCGCCCCCACCUAGAGAGGAUUGGAUAGGUGUGAAUGAGGAGGAUGGGAGGAGGCAUAGGAAACACAGGUAGAUUGAUUGAUGGUUCUGAAUACCAAGAGUGACUAUUGACUUGGCUACUAAUUGCCGGGGAUGGACUUCCUCUGUUUUUGGGCUUAUUGCUCAUCCUUGUAAUUGUAGAAAAUGAGCAUAGGGGAUCAAUUUCUUCCCUUGUGGGUUAUACUGCUCAUCUUUGUAACAUUUUGUUCUAUCUUUUUGAUUUUGCAACAAAAUUGUACUUGCACUUUGUUCUGUGUUUUGGGGUAUAAAUGAAAUUACUUUCAACUUUCCUAAA